CACGAAAACAGGGAUUCAUUUAAAACCCGUCGAUGAACCGAAAAAAUCGCUGCUGACAAUGAAAGUUCAGAAUUAGAAGAAAGAAAGAAAGAGGAAAUCCAAAGAACGUGAAAGAAGAAUCAAUUUCAACGGCUGAAGAAACAAACAUUCAGGAGGAGAAAGAGUAAAAGAAAAUCUCAAAUCAAAUCAGAUUUUUGAAGAAGAAAGGGAGUUGAACAAGGAGGAGAAGAAGAAAGUUGGCCACCAAUCUCUCACCCAAAGCAACCAGAAAAAGAGCUGUUAAAAAGUACAGAAACCGAAUUCUUACCAUUUUUCAAGGAAAGCAGGAUUCUGUUUUGGGAAAAUAAAGAAAACCCAAUUAAGUCACAAGGAGCUGGAAAUAAAGGGAUUCCAAGGAAUGGAUGGUUUGUGUUUGAAGAUGGGGAUUCCCGGGCUGCCGGCGGCUCCAUCGAUCCCGGUAUCUGGGUCCAGUUGUUUGGAAUCCCGGGUGGCUGCGAGUGUGAAUCCUUCUUCAUCAUCUCAGAUGACCGUCCGGUCUUCUUCCUCGUCGGCGACGGGCGCCAUUGGGACCGGGAGGAAUUGGGGGUUCUCUUUCCGGUUCCCGCCGGUUAGAUCUUUGUGGCCCAAUGGCGGCGGAGGAGCUGGUGGUAAGGGUAGCUACGACGUCGCUUUGGCUGUGGAGGAAGCUGCCGUUUUGGUGGAAGAAGAGGAGAAAGAAGAAGGAGGUGAUGAUCGGGUAGAUGAUAGCCAAAAAGGGAAUAAAGGGAAGAAUUCGAUCUUCAGCAUUUUGAACGUACGGAUUGGAGGAGGAGGAGGGGAGGUAUUGGAAGAAGAAAAAGAUGCAAAGGAAGAAGAAGAUGAUAACGAUGAAAGUAAUGAACAGAAAACAGAGGCCAGCUGCGGUGUUAGGGAGGGUUGUGAAGGUUGUGCAGUGAAUUAUAGUGAUGAUGAUGAAAAAAUUAGUUUUGAUAAAGAUUCUUUUACGAAGUUGCUGAAGAGAGUUUCAUUGGCUGAAGCUAGAUUGUAUGCUCAAAUGUCGGAUUUAGGAAACUUGGCUUAUUCAGUACCCCAAAUCAAGCCCGGUAAUCUUCUCAAAGAUUUUGGACUUCGAUUUGUAACUUCAUCUGUGGAAAAAAGAGAACAAAGGAUAAAGGCUGAUAAAGAGAAGGCAUCGUCGGCCAAUAGCCAAAAUGAGGAACAAGAUGAAUCAACCAGUGAUGCAAAUUCAACCAAUGAAGAUGUUGAUGGAAAGGGGGCUGAGCAUCAUCUCGAGUCAAUUGAGGAGGAGAAAGUCAGAGCAAGUCGGAUAAGUGCUGCUGCUGCUUAUCAAAUUGCUGCCUCAGCUGCUUCUUAUUUGCACUCUCGCACCAUGAGCAUUCUUCCUUUUAGAAACCAGUCAGCCACCCAAGAUGUACCCAAUAGUACAACUGGAAGCACUGAUGAGGUGGCAGCCUCAAUGAUGGCAUCCCCUGACUCGGUCACUGCAGUAGUUGCUGCCAAAGAGGAAGUUAAACAAGCUGUUGCAGAUGAUCUCAACUCAGUGCUUUCUUCGCCGUGCGAGUGGUUCAUCUGUGAUGAUGAUCAAAAUGCCACGAGAUUUUUUGUUAUCCAGGGAUCGGAAUCGAUGUCAUCAUGGCAAGCCAACUUACUCUUCGAACCUGUGAAGUUUGAGGGAUUUGAUGUGCUUGUGCAUCGAGGUAUAUACGAGGCUGCAAAGGGGAUCUAUGAACAGAUGCUGCCCGAAGUUCGUUCGCACCUAAAAUCUCAUGGCAAGCGAGCAAGUCUCCGUUUCACUGGGCAUUCUCUUGGUGGAAGUUUGUCAUUGCUCAUAAAUCUCAUGUUAUUGAUAAGAGGAGAGGUUCCGUCUUCUUCUUUACUGCCUGUUAUAACAUUCGGAGCACCUACUGUGAUGUGUGGAGGGGAUACUUUGCUUGAGAAGCUUGGAUUGCCUCGAAGUCAUGUCAAAGCGAUUACCAUGCACCGAGACAUUGUUCCUCGUGCUUUCUCUUGUAAUUACCCUAACCAUGUCGCUGAAUUUCUUAAAGCGGUGAAUGGGAACUUCCGUAGUCUUCCAUGUCUUGCGAAUCAGGUAUAGUUCUAGUUCCUUGCCAGUGGUUGUUUCUUUGAAGGGAAUCCCUAUUGCUUAAGCAAAUAAUGGGAGAUGGAGCAAUUCUGUUUAUAUUUAUAAAAGGAGAAAGAGUUGCUCUGUCUCUGAACUUUUGCUCUGCCUUUCCUUUAAAAUCACAUUGCCCUUGUUAUAAAAUGGUAAAGACUAAAUGCUGUUUGCUGUUAACAGAAAUUGCUGUAUGCUCCCAUGGGGGAGUUCCUGAUCCUCCAGCCAGAUGAAACAUUUUCGCCUAGCCAUGAUUUGCUUCCUGCUGGGAGUGGUCUGUAUUUAAUGACCUGCUCGGCUGGUGAUGCUGAAAAACGGAUUCAAGCAGCAAAAGCUGUCUUCUUAAACUCACCGCACCCUCUUGACAUACUGAGCGAUCGAGGUGCCUAUGGUUCCGGGGGAACCAUCCAAAGGGAUCAUGACAUGGGCUCGUACUUGAAAUCUGUGAGAAACGUGAUUGAGGAAGAGGAAGAACGAAUGAAGAGUGAACAAGAAAACCAGUACAGGGAUUGGUGGCGGCUGUUGGCAGCGUCCUCGAGUGGUCUCAUCAAUCCUGGAGUCAUACACAGUGUGGCCGGGGAAUCUAUUAAGAAAAUAAGUAACCUAGUUGUGUCGCAACGAUUGCAUCUGGUUGUAGUGUUUUUCUUUCCAGCAAGGUUGCUAAUCUUAGGGGCACUCAGUGCCUUAAGUUUCCAUUGAUAUCAAAAGUUAGGGCUAUUGUGCUGGUUAGCCCAAAGUAGAAUAUGAUAUGAUUCAUUCUUUUAUUCCUUCUUUGCUCCAUAAUUUUGAUGAAGGGGCGAAACGGAAACUGUCAAAAUCUGCCUCCUUGUGAGUCAGUAGUAUUGGUUCUGGGGGAGAAACAUACUUUAUCUCAAAGGAUAUGAAAAUUGAUGAAGAUGUGUAGCUCUUUAAGUAAGCAAAAUGUGAACCUUACAGUAUUUCUUUUAUGGAUGUCUUUCUUGAGCCAGACUUCAUCCGAAUAUAUGUUGAAAUUUCUAAGCAAGAUCUUCAAUGGUGUGGUUUAUGUCAGCAAAGGCUAGCAUAGAAUUUUCAUGGUGCAUUGUUUGCAAAGCAUAUAUAGAAGAAAAUAAAGCCAUCUUAUAAGUAGGGUUCUUACACUUCUUUACUGUAUUACGUAUAUGGAAGAACUUUAUUUGAAACAGUAUUGGAACUUAUCGUCAAUCACGAUCUCAAGAAAGUUUGAUUAUUUAUGGAAAUGCAAAGGCUUUCCAUUUUUUCAUAAGCGGAAACCUCAACUUUCAGCGCCUGUGAGGAUGUGACUGUGAGUCACGGCGAAAGGCCAAUUUGGGCGGCUCCGACAGAGACAAACCAGAAGUCAUCGGAAUCGGUCCCAACUGCCAGCAUUUUUUACUCCAAAAAAC